AUGGCCAAAUUCCGACCAAAUUCUAAAUCUCAUCCCACCGGCGGCAGUUUUUUCAGUUGCUUUGGAUUUUCCGGCGAAGCCAAGAAAUCGUCAAAGGAUGGGAUUCUUCGCCGGAGAAGAAUCUCCGGCAGAUGGCUUUCUUUCUCAUCGGAUACUUCGUCUGUCGCCGUUCAACCUACCGGAUUGUUGGUACUUCCGAUCUCGGCCGGCCAAGAUACGGCGGCGCCGGUGCCGGAGAUUGAAUCGUCGCAGUUUCAAAAGCCCAAAGAAGAAGAAGACCAAAUAGGAUGUGACGUGGCAUCGAAAGAAGAAGACACGUGUCAAGAUCCGUUACCCGUGAUGUCAUCAUCUAGCCGUAACAAACGGGCGGCAGGAUUUUCUCGGUCUGUCUCUCUUCCGGCGCCGGCGAAGAAAGAGAUGAAAACGGCGGGAAGAAAAAAGAACCGGGGGAGCUAUGGGGGCGGUUUAUAUAUUGCGGCGUUGACAUUGGUUGUAAUGAUAGUAUGGGGUAAGAUUUGUGCGAUUGUAUUGGUGUCGUGUUUUUUGUACUCGUUUCCUCUUCUUAGAUAUUCCGGUGACCGGAAAAUAUUAUCUGAUCAGUUAGAGAGAGAAUCGAAAUCAAACGACGUCGUUGAUGAUGAUGAUGAUCUUGAAGAAGAUAGGAUGAAGAAGAGACAGAUUGUUAUGAACGGAUUUCUUCAGAGGAAUCGCCGGAGGAGUUCAUUUGCAAAUUGUUAG